GCAAAAUUUAGAACUAUGAAAGUUUUACUACUUUUAAUUGUGGCGGUAAUAGCUGCAGCACAAGCUGUAUCUUUUUAUGAAGUUGUUAAAGAAGAAUGGACUUCGUUUAAGUUGGAACAUUCUAAAACAUACAACUCUGAAAUAGAAGAGAAGUUUAGAAUGAAGAUAUACAUGGAUAAUAAACAUAAAAUUGCUAAACAUAACAGUAAUUACGAAAAGAAAAAUGUAUCCUUUAAAUUAAAGAUGAACAAGUAUGGAGACAUGCUUCAUCAUGAAUUUGUCCAAGUAUUAAAUGGUUUUAACAGGUCUGCAAAUGAUGUAAAUCGACCAAAAUUUACCGGAGCCAUGUUUCUUGAACCAGCAAAUGUACAAAUGCCAGAUACUGUAGAUUGGAGGAAUUAUGGGGCUGUUACUCCAGUUAAAGACCAAGGUCACUGUGGUUCGUGUUGGGCAUUCUCAUCAACUGGAGCUCUGGAAGCACAACAUUUCCGAGCUAAAGGAGUUUUAGUUUCUUUAAGCGAACAAAAUUUAGUGGAUUGCAGCGGAAAAUACGGUAACAAUGGAUGCAAUGGUGGAAUGAUGACUGCAGCAUUCAAAUAUGUUAAAGAUAAUCAUGGUAUCGAUACGGAGAACUCGUACCCGUAUGAAGAAGAAAACGACAAAUGCAGAUAUAAUCCAAAAGACAGUGGAGCUUCUGAUGUUGGUUUCGUAGAGAUUCCCGAAAAUGAUGAAGAUAAAUUGAAAGCAGCUGUUGCUACUGUAGGACCAAUUUCUGUUGCUAUCGAUGCUUCGCACGAAAGCUUCCAGUUCUAUUCCGAAGGAAUCUACUAUGAACCACAGUGUUCUUCGGUAGAUUUGGAUCAUGGAGUAUUAGUGGUAGGAUAUGGUACUGAUGAAUCCGGUACAGAUUACUGGCUGGUAAAGAACAGUUGGGGAACAACGUGGGGUGAUAAAGGUUACAUCAAAAUGGCUAGAAACAAAAUGAACAACUGUGGUAUCUCUUCUACUGCCUGCUAUCCUCUCGUUGACUCUCAAGGAUAAUUAGUAAUUUCAGGGACUAAGAGUUAUUCAAAAUAACUACUCUUUCUAUUCCUUAGAGAUAAUUUAUAUUUUGAUAUAUUAUAUCUAAGUUCACAUUUAUAUGAUGAAGGAAAAUAAAUAUAUGUAUAUUAUAAAUAUUCAAAUUGUUUAAAGCAAA